UAAGUGUCCCCGCAGGAAAUAAUGGCUGGCCCGGCAGCCAGGUCGCGCCGAGGCAACAGACCUCUGGGUAAUAGGUGCUAGAUAGAGCCCUCCCUUCUCCCGCCCAGUCAAAGGUAAUUUGUCCCGGCAGGAAGUAAAGGCCCGCCGGGCUGUCCCAGCAGCUGGGGGAAUAGGCGGGUGCAGGCUCCGCAGCGGCGCAGUGCAGACUGAUCGAGUGGGUGCUGAGCGGGAGGGAGUUUCAGCGCCAGCGCGAGCGCAAAGCUCUUGAAAAGGACAUCAAGUAUAAAGUGAACCGGCUCACUCUCAGACAGUACUGGAACCAUGAGCAGUAACGGAACAGACCUAACCAUUGGUUUCAUCUCCUCUUCUGUAGCUGUCCUUUUGUUUGGCUCAAACUUUGUGCCACUUAAAAAAUACGAUACUGGUGAUGGAAUGUUUCUCCAGUGGGUGCUUUGUGCUGCCAUAUGGUUGAUUGCCCUGGUGGUCAAUCUGAUAUUACAUUGCCCUAAAUUUUGGCCUUUCGCAAUGGUUGGGGGCUGCAUUUGGGCAACAGGGAACAUUGCUGUUGUCCCAAUUAUCAAAACCAUUGGUUUAGGCCUUGGAAUCUUAAUCUGGGGAUCAUUUAAUACCUUAACUGGCUGGGCAAGCUCAAGGUUUGGCUGGUUUGGAAUGGACGCAGAAGAAGUAUCAAAACCGGUGCUGAAUUAUGUUGGAGCUGGAUUAUCAGUAGUGAGUGCUUUCAUAUUUUUGUUCAUCAAAAGUGAAAUACCAAAUAACACGUGUUCUGUGGACACCACACCAUUAAUGACAGAUCAUGUGAUCAACAACACUCAAGAUUCCUGCCCUGAUUAUUCCUGGGUGGAUAAACUUUCCACAGUACAACAGCGCACAGUGGGCUGCAGUCUUGCAGUGAUAUCUGGAAUACUCUAUGGGUCUACAUUUGUGCCCAUCAUUUAUAUCAAGGACCACAGCAAAAGAAAUGACAGUAUAUACGCAGGGGCAAGCCAGUAUGAUUUAGACUACGUUUUUGCACACUUCAGUGGCAUCUUUUUUACAAGCACAGUCUAUUUUCUGGCCUACUGUAUAACCAUGAAAAAUAACCUUAAGUUAUAUCCUGAAGCAGUCUUGCCAGGAUUCCUGUCAGGAGUUCUUUGGGCAAUAGCCACCUGCUGUUGGUUCAUAGCUAAUCAUGCUCUCAGUGCUGUGGUCAGUUUUCCAAUAAUCACUGCUGGUCCAGGAUUUAUAGCUGCAAUGUGGGGUGUCUUCGUGUUUAAGGAAAUACAGGGUCUACAAAACUACCUAUUGAUGAUAUUUGCAUUUUUCAUCAUCUUGAGUGGAGCAUUAUGCACUGCUUUCUCUAAACUCUAACAAUCACAAGACCGGCAGAUGGCAGCAGUGGGUAAGAGAACCCUGCUACAGGACUCCGAGGGAUCAUGCUGAGAAGAGAGUUCAUUUUCUUAAAGCAAAUGGAUCUCAACCGGUCUGGGUAAAUGAUUUUUUUUUCCCACAGAUGUGAGAAUAAAGGAAAACUAAGUUUCGGUCAAGUAUAAAAAUGGAAAAUUCUUCUAAUGAACUAUUUAUGAUGGUAGGACUUUACUGGGUGACUAAAAUGUCCGCCUUCUUACAGCAUUACAGCUGAGAGUGCUCCUUUUACCACAAUAUGUACUCGGGGUUGCAUAAGCAGCAAAACAGUGUGGAGUUCAUAUACACAAAGAAUUUUGUGUAUAUGAAAGUUUCCAACAUAUUACCAAGUUUCCAACAUAUUACCCUCGUUAAUGCAGAGAGGCAGAAAAAUGUUGGGGAGAGACCUUACCUUAUAAUGGAAUUAGAUUCCAAAGCUAUCUAGAUCCUUUGCCAGAAAAAGUAAACGUCAGAGUCAGUAACUGAAUAUGAAAAAGGCCAUUUCAUUUUUUGCCCAAACUUAUUUUUACUUCAAAUUAAUAUUGCUCAACUCUACGUCACCCCCUCAAAAUGCUUUUGAUCAUCUCCAGAUAAAAUCCACCUUCAGAGAACAAAAAUUUCCAACCAUUGAGAAUAUGUGUAUAAUACAUAUACAGACAUAUACAGUUACACGUAAAUACACACAUAUAUGUCUGUGUGAUUCCAAACUUGGGAGAAAUUCUACAGUUGCUAUAGUGAGGGUCUAGAUUAUUAGAAUAAGAAUUUGCAGGGACCAAACACUUAUUUGUAUGUAAAAAUUUUUUUUUUCUGAAAUAUGCUUUUCUAAAAUCCCUUUUUAAACUGGAAGUUUUCUUCCACUUUUAACUGGUGGUUUUCAUUAGGGAAAAAAAAUAAUGGACAUGUUAUUUAUAUAUAUAUAUUCAAAAGAGACAGAAUACCACUAACCCAAAUGGGUUUCAUCUUCAUUGUAUGACUUUGAAGAAGUUCCUGAGCCUCCUGUAUCAGAUUCCUCAUCUAUAAAAUGGACAUAAUGAUAAUGAUAAUAUAAUGUUAUUGUAAGGUUCAAAUUAAUUAAAAUCCGUAACAUGCUCAUGAGUAUCUGGCACUUGGCAAACAUUGUAUAAUUCUUAGCUAUAAUUGUUAUUUACUGUUUGAGCAAGAAAAUGUGUCUAUAGAUUGGAGAAUGUUUUGUAAGAGCUACUGCUCUCACCACCAACCUAAACAACAAAUUAUUAUUCAUUCCUGUAUUUGAGUGCAAUUUAAGUAAUGAUACUGGAGUCUCUAUUUCAUUAUUGAAUUCUUUGAUUGUAACACCUUACCAAAACUCAUUUUAAUUUUAACCUGAAAUAUUAAUUAUGUUGAUAACUUUAAAUAAAUUGA